CCCAAUGACAGAAGAGUUGGAAGAUUGGCAAGCAGGCAGACUCGCCGGUUCGUCAGGACAGUGAUGGUGCUCUCGUAUCUCUUUUUGUUCAUUGAUAUCUGUACGGAUCAAGCCAGCUUGAGCAUGAUCAUGUGUGGAUUUGUGCCGUCUUGUCCGGUUUAUAACUUUCUGUUGAUCGCUAUUUGUCGACAGAUGCCCCGUGAAGCCAUCCUGGAGUACAGCUAUUUUGUAAGCUUGCAAGACCGGUCUGUAGCCAGGGACCCGUUCCGCUUAGCAAUCUCCUGGCGAGGUGGGCCAAAUUUGACUGUGCGCACACCAGGUUUCAAAGAAUUGCCACGUGGCACAGUGCAUGUGGAGGAUGGGUGGGAGGUAAAUGGCAGAAAGAAUCCUCAGCUCGCAGGUGCAUCAAAUUGCAUGGCAAGCAGAAUUUUCUGCCUCCCAGAUUCUGAGAGCAGCACCUGUGAUGCCGACCUUGAGGAUUGCACGACUAUUGAUGCUGAUGACAUGAAAGAGGAUGGGGGUAGGAAGUGGAGGAGGAGGAUGAGAAGGCCAGCCAAGGUAAGGUCUUUCCAGGAAGAGUAUGAUGUGAAAAGGGCAUCAAUACUAUCAUUACCAAAGACACAAGAAGAGGAGGAGAUGCUGGUGGCAGCGCCAGAGGCAGAAAUGAAGGAAGAGGAGGGGCCAAAGAGGACAGAUGGUGAACUUGUCCUUUUCCAUAGUGAGAUCACUGGAGAUCAGGGGAUACAGGAGCCUGGCAAUCAUGCGGAACAUGUGUCCAAGUCAGUAGAGAUUUCGAGAAUAGUGGGUAAGAAGAAUGUGAUUUGGGCAGUUGAGGAGGUAGCCCCUGUUAAGCCAGAGAAGAAACCAACAACAAAGACUGAGAUCUUGAUUAAUACAGCAACAUCAACAAUGCCACGAGUAGCGAUCUUGGAAAAUGGAGAGCUGGUGGAACUCGUUGUUGAGCUUGUCUCUAAGGGUGCUACCCUGGGCAGUGUGUACUUGGGCAUCGUCCAUCGACUGGUCCCUGGCAUGACAGCGGUGUUUGUUGAUCUAGGAUACGGUCAGCUUGGCCUUCUUGACAUCCGGUCCAGUCACACCCCAAUUACAUUUCCACCACUCACCGCUCUUCAGGGAGUGGACAAGGAAAAUGAUGAUGAUGAUGAUGAUGAUGAUGAUGAUGAUGAUGACGACGACGAUGAGGAGGAGGAGGAGGAGGUCGUGGAUGUAGUCGGGGAGGUAGUUGGCGAGAUGAUACGUGAGACAAACACAGAAGAAGGGCCUAGCAUCAUUCAUUAUUACAGUAAUGAUGAUAAUGACAUGGACAAAGGAGUGAAGAGCGGAGGCAUGACUGAUGAUGUGUCUGAAGAUGCCGUGAGUGGUGAAAAUGGAGAGGAGGGGUUGGAUGAAGAGGAAAGUGACGAUGAUGAGGAAGGGGACUUGGAAGGGGAGCCAUUUAUGCUUUUGGGCAAAGUCUGGAAAAGGUGGUCUGGCUUGAGGGAAGGAAUGGCCAUUUUGGUUCAAGUGAAAAAAGAGGCCCUUGGAAAGAAAGGCCCCAGGUUGACUGCCUUUCCAACAUUGGCAGGGCGCUACAUGUUAACACGGCUAUCGAAGAAGCGGUUCAUCGUAGACGACGCCGCGGCGCUCGCCAUGAACCGCCUGUUUGCCAUGUCUCAAGGCAACACAGCAACACGCAACUGGCUCACGGAAUGGCAAAAGAUCGUGGCCACGCCCGAUCUACAAUUGCCAUUUUCACAUCUGCGCCGGGAGUUCUACAACCGGUCAUGUGCCGCCUUGAGCCUCGCACUUGGUGAUUGCAAGCAAUACGUGACCUUCACCGAAAUCAUCGACAAGGCAAGGGAGAUCAUCAAGACCAAUAGGGCGGCUGCGCACGAGAAGUCAGCAUGGCAGCCAACCUAUGUGGAGAAAGGUGGCUGUUGUCCAGCCGCGAAGCAACAACAAGUCCCGAGGGAACGGGAAGGCGAAAACUGCAUUGCCGGCCGGAAACGGACAGCCAACACCAUGGGUCAAGUUUCACUUGACCGAGGCGGAAUACAAGUGGCGCGGCCGCUACGGCUGCGGCUAUUGGUGCAACAGCACCAAGCACAAGACCUCCCAAUGCCCGGAUCAAGGCAAGGAGGAUGUUCGGCCUCACAUCAACUCGGGAAACUGAGUUGCGCGGGAGGUGAGGCGACUCCACCUCCCACUCUGCCAGAUUCGGCCGCCUUGCUAGCGGCCUCUUACACAUCUUGGGAGGAUGCGAAUGUCGUAAGUUCUCGAUAUGCUUACGAGGACUAUGCUGUCCACUUGGUCCCACCGUUGCACCAACCACUCCACGUGCAACAAUCCACCGCAUGCACGGUUUCACUACCAUCGGCAACCGAGUCGGCAGCUUCGUCGCCAACUAUAGCCGGGGAUUCGACAACAUGGUCAAGACUUGAAGAGCUCGACCCGUUGACGAUUGCGGACUUCCAAUGGAUGCCCCUUCCCCGGUCCGGUCGAUUGCCGAAACCGCAUUGCAACGUCCUCAUGGCACAAUUGCGGGAUUACUUGCACACUUCAGUACCAACUCCGUUGAUGGACGCCGGAGUAGAGGUUGUCGACCUUCACGACUAUAUUGCGAAGAUCGACCUUGAGUUCAAGACGCAACGAUACGACGACAUCGACGCACCAUUGUUAUAUGUACGCAUUCAGAUCGGAGAGGCGACCUGCAACGCUUUGAUCGAUUGCGGAGCAUCUCGCAACUACAUGAGCCAGGACCUUAUGGUACGCGUCGGCCUUGGCCCACGCGUCAGGACGAAGUCCCAGCCUACGCAAGUCGCGUUGGUAGACGGUCACACGCACAAGUCAAUCGACCGGUGCAUUGAUGACGUCCGCGUGUACUUUGCCCCGCAUGCAAGCGAGGCGGUGUCCUUCGAUAUUUUGGACACCAAAUUCGACAUGAUCUUGGGCAUGUCAUGGCUGCGACGCGAGGAUCACCCGGUGAACUUCUACCGCCGCACCGUUCACGUCCGUGAUCGGAACGGAGUACUAGUUCCAUGCACGGUAGCUCCUCCUCACCCUUCGAUCAGCUGCCACGUGGUGUCCGCCGCAAGCAUGCGAGCUUCCAUCAUCAGAGACGACAUCGAGGAGAUGGGGGUGUGCUUUCUCCACGCCCUCCCGCCCCAUGACGCUUCAUCGACGGACUUGGACCCACGCAUCACCGAGCUUCUCGACGCCUACGGCGACGUGUUUGAAGGCCUGCACGGAGUAGUGCCGGAUCGGCCCAUCCGCCACGAGAUCAUCCUCGAGGACGGGGUUGUACCUCCACGUGGUUGCAUCUAUCGAAUGAGCGAGGAAGAGUUAAGUGUGCUACGGGCACAACUCGAAGACCUUCUUGAGAAAGGUUGGAUUCGGCCUAGCUCCUCGCCAUACGAUGCUCCCGUUCUCUUCGUCCAGAAGAAGAACAAGGAUUUGCGGUUGUGCAUCGAUUAUCGCAAGCUCAACGCGCAAACGAUCAGAAACGCCGACCCUCUUCCAUGCAUCGACGACCUUCUCGAACGGCUGGGCGGCGCCAAGUUUUUCUCCAAGCUUGACCUCAAGUCGGGAUAUCACCAACUCGAGAUUCGGCAGGAGGACCUCUACAAGACCGCGUUUAAGACGCGAUAUGGGCAUUUCGAAUGGUUGGUUAUGCCAUUUGGCCUUAUGAAUGCCCCGACCACUUUCCAAGUGGCUAUGACAACGGAGUUCCGACACAUGUUGGAUCGAGUCGUACUUAUCUACCUCGACGACAUUUUGGUGUACACUCGGAGUUUGGACGAGCAUGUGGAGCACCUUCGCACCGUUUUGGAGCGGCUACGACAAGCCAAGUACAAAGCCAGCCGCGACAAAUGCGAAUUCGCGCGGCAAGAGCUGGAGUACUUGGGACAUUAUGUGACGCCGCAAGGCAUCCGUCGGCUUGCAGACAAGAUCGAGGCCCUCCGCGUAUGGCCCGAGCCCACCAACACCACGAACGUCCGUUCAUUCAUGGGGUUGGCGGGCUACUAUCAACGAUUCAUCACCGGGUACUCAAGGAUUGUUGCACCUAUGACGAAAUUACAAUCGCCAAAGGUGCCAUUCGUAUUCGAUGACGAUGCACGGCGGUCAUUCCAAGCACUUAAGACGGCCAUGCUCAUGGCACCCGUCCUUAGCAUCUAUGACCCCACCCUGCCUACGAGAGUGACAACUGACGCUUCCGGCUAGGGCAUUGGGGCAGUCUUGGAAUAACACGUCGGCGACGACUAGCACCCUGUGGAGUAUUUCAGCCACAAAG